CGCCGUCACUGGCACGAACGAAUAGUUACAUAUAUAUUUGGCAAUUAUCUCACAAAGUAGGCUACAGCUCGGAAAAAUACCGGUGACCUCAUACGGGUAUUCUUGGGACUCAAAGUGAAAGUGAAAGGAUCUUUCCCGUGUUGAUCUGACCAGUGUAAAGGGUUGUUCAGUUCAUCUGUUUCAGAGAACAGCAGGCAGCAGGUUUCAAAAAAGGUAAGAGAGAAAAUGGAAGUGACAUCAAACAGCGGAGAGGAAAUGGAGUUUGAAAUCAACAUUGACUUUCAGAUAGCUUACGAUGAAGAAUUUCAAUCAGAUUCCACCAUUCGGUGUCACCUGUCUCCUGAAAUCAGUGCUGUCGAUAUGGAGAUCAGAUGGUUUAAGGAAACAGACUGUGUGUGUUUCUAUAAGAACAGACGGUUGAUAAUGGGAGAGAGUUAUGAAGGCAUAAUGAGUCUAUGCACUGAGGAGCUGGAGAGAGGAAUUGUGUACUUACAGCUGAAGGAUGUCAGAGAAUCACAUGAUGGUUAUUACCUGUGUCAGGUCACCAGUGGAGACAGGACAGCAGAGAUAACAAUAAGGAAAUCAUUAAAGACCAAUGACGAAGAACAAACUAAUAUACAGGAAAACAAAACAUGGACUGAUAAGGAGAGAAUAAAAAUGGCAAAUUCUGCUUUACUUGCAGUUUUCAAUAGGCUAGAAGAAAAUUAUAAAGCAAAGGAAGAUCUUCAGGGCAUCAAUGAUACAGAUCAGCAGACAGACAUAAACACUGAGGAGAACCAGGAUGAGGCUGUGGAGAAAAACACACAACAUGAUUAUAACAGCAGCCAUGUGAAUGACAGCAUGGGCUGCCCGGGGAAUGAACUGGACACCAGUACCUGUAAACCGGAGGAACAGAAAACACAUCUUGGCGAUCAACAGCUGGUAUUUUCAAGGCAGAAAUUACAGGACCAAGAUUUAACCACAAAAGACUUUACAAACCCAGGAGAAAGCCUAGAUCAAGAAUGUGAAAGGUUGGCCAAAGUAAAUGAGAUGCCGAAAACAGGAAACAACGAAUCUAGUAGAAUCCCAAUUCAUUUUCCAGGAAAGGUCAAAGUGUUCUCCAUUUUGACUGGAAAUAUAAAAAGCUGUCAGAAGGAAUUUUUCGACAUUCUGAGAAAGCGAACUGAGAAUCUGGUGGAAACUCAUACAGUGGACGAGAGUGACAUUGUUCUAGUUUUCUGUCCUAUUGUUUCUCGAGCUGGAACUGAUAUUGAUGCAGCACUGAACAAUUUAACUUACCCUACAGGUUCUAAGCUGACUGUUCUAGUGGUGCUUCAUCACACAUUUGACCCAAAGAAAACGGUCCCAGACAGCAGCAGAUGUGUCAACAGGACAGACAUACUCACAGUGGACUGUCUGUUCUAUGAGGAUACAGGAUUACUGAAGAAUUGUCAGAAGAAUUCAGAUUCAUAUGACAAAACUGUGAACUGGUUAAUACAGCAGGGGGCAGAAAUAGGCAUCAGAAUAGCACCAUCUCAACACUUUACAAACCCAGGAGAAAGCCUAGAUCAAGAAUGUGAAAGGUUGGCCAAAGUAAAUGAGAUGCCGAAAACAGGAAACAACGAAUCUAGUAGAAUCCAAAUUCAUUUUCCAGGAAAGGUCAAAGUGUUCUCCAUUUUGACUGGAAAUAUAAAAAGCUGUCAGAAGGAAUUUUUCGACAUUCUGAGAAAGCGAACUGAGAAUCUGGAGGAAACUCAUACAGUGGACGAGAGUGACAUUGUUCUAGUUUUCUGUCCUAUUGUUUCUCGAGCUGGAACUGAUAUUGAUGCAGCACUGAACAAUUUAACUUACCCUACAGGUUCUAAGCUGACUGUUCUAGUGGUGCUUCAUCACACAUUUGACCCAGAGAAAACGGUCCCAGACAGCAGCAGAUGUGUCAACAGGACAGACAUACUCACAGUGGACUGUCUGUUCUAUGAGGAUACAGGAUUACUGAAGAAUUGUCAGAAGAAUUCAGAUUCAUAUGACAAAACUGUGAACUGGUUAAUACAGCAGGGGGCAGAAAUAGGCAUCAGAAUAGCACCAUCUCAACAUGUCAAAAUGUGCAUAUUUCGGACUGGAAAAACAAAUGGCUGUGAUAAGGACUUUACUGACGUACUGCAAAGCAGAAUUGAGAAUCUGACCGAAGUUGGCACAGUGGACAAGAGUGAUAUUAUUCUGGUUUUCUGUCCUGUUUUUUCCCGAGCUGGAACCGACAUUGACAAUGCACUUGAAAGAUUCAGUAACAAGACAGAUUCUCAGCUGGCUGUUCUAGUAGUGCUUCAUCACACAUUUGACCCAGAGAAAACGGUCCCAGACAGCAGCAGAUGUGUCAACAGGACAGACAUACUCACAGUGGACUGUCUGUUCUAUGAGGAUACAGGAUUACUGAAGAAUUGUCAGAAGAAUUCAGAUUCAUAUGACAAAACUUUGAACUGGUUAAAACAGCAGAAGCAAACAGAUGUCAAAAUAUGUCCACGUCAAAAUUUAACCACAAAAGACUUUACAAACCCAGGAGAAAGCCUAGAUCAAGAACGUGAAAGGUUGGCCAAAGUAAAUAAGAGGCCGAUAACAGGAAACAACGAAUCUAGUAGAAUCCCAAUUCAUUUUCCAGGAAAGGUCAAAGUGUUCUCCAUUUUGGCUGGAAAUAUAAAAAACUGUCAGAAGGAAUUUUUCGACAUUCUGAGAAAGCGAACUGAGAAUCUGGUGGAAACUCAUACAGUGGACGAGAGUGACAUUGUUCUAGUUUUCUGUCCUAUUGUUUAUCAUGCUGGAACUGAUAUUGAUGCAGCACUGAACAAUUUAACUUACCCUACAGGUUCUAAGCUGACUGUUCUAGUGGUGCUUCAUCACACAUUUGACCCAGAGAAAACGGUCCCAGACAGCAGCAGAUGUGUCAACAGGACAGACAUACUCACAGUGGACUGUCUGUUCUAUGAGGAUACAGGAUUACUGAAGAAUUGUCAGAAGAAUUCAGAUUCAUAUGACAAAACUGUGAACUGGUUAAUACAGCAGAAGCAAACAGAUGUCAAAAUAUGUCCACGUCAAAAUUUAACCACAAAAGACUUUACAAACCCAGGAGAAAGCCUAGAUCAAGAAUGUGAAAGGUUGGCCAAAGUAAAUGAGAUGCCGAAAACAGGAAACAACGAAUCUAGUAGAAUCCAAAUUCAUUUUCCAGGAAAGGUCAAAGUGUUCUCCAUUUUGACUGGAAAUAUAAAAAGCUGUCAGAAGGAAUUUUUCGACAUUCUGAGAAAGCGAACUGAGAAUCUGGAGGAAACUCAUACAGUGGACGAGAGUGACAUUGUUCUAGUUUUCUGUCCUAUUGUUUCUCGAGCUGGAACUGAUAUUGAUGCAGCACUGAACAAUUUAACUUACCCUACAGGUUCUAAGCUGACUGUUCUAGUGGUGCUUCAUCACACAUUUGACCCAGAGAAAACGGUCCCAGACAGCAGCAGAUGUGUCAACAGGACAGACAUACUCACAGUGGACUGUCUGUUCUAUGAGGAUACAGGAUUACUGAAGAAUUGUCAGAAGAAUUCAGAUUCAUAUGACAAAACUGUGAACUGGUUAAUACAGCAGGGGGCAGAAAUAGGCAUCAGAAUAGCACCAUCUCAACAUGUCAAAAUGUGCAUAUUUCGGACUGGAAAAACAAAUGGCUGUGAUAAGGACUUUACUGACGUACUGCAAAGCAGAAUUGAGAAUCUGACCGAAGUUGGCACAGUGGACGAGAGUGAUAUUAUUCUGGUUUUCUGUCCUGUUUUUUCCCGAGCUGGAACCGACAUUGACAAUGCACUUGAAAGAUUCAGUAACAAGACAGAUUCUCAGCUGGCUGUUCUAGUAGUGCUUCAUCACACAUUUGACCCAGAGAAAACGGUCCCAGACAGCAGCAGAUGUGUCAACAGGACAGACAUACUCACAGUGGACUGUCUGUUCUAUGAGGAUACAGGAUUACUGAAGAAUUGUCAGAAGAAUUCAGAUUCAUAUGACAAAACUUUGAACUGGUUAAAACAGCAGAAGCAAACAGAUGUCAAAAUAUGUCCACGUCAAAAUUUAACCACAAAAGACUUUACAAACCCAGGAGAAAGCCUAGAUCAAGAAUGUGAAAGGUUGGCCAAAGUAAAUAAGAGGCCGAUAACAGGAAACAACGAAUCUAGUAGAAUCCCAAUUCAUUUUCCAGGAAAGGUCAAAGUGUUCUCCAUUUUGGCUGGAAAUAUAAAAAACUGUCAGAAGGAAUUUUUUGACAUUCUGAGAAAGCGAACUGAGAAUCUGGAGGAAACUCAUACAGUGGACGAGAGUGACAUUGUUCUAGUUUUCUGUCCUAUUGUUUAUCAUGCUGGAACUGAUAUUGAUGCAGCACUGAACAAUUUAACUUACCCUACAGGUUCUAAGCUGACUGUUCUAGUGGUGCUUCAUCACACAUUUGACCCAGAGAAAACGGUCCCAGACAGCAGCAGAUGUGUCAACAGGACAGACAUACUCACAGUGGACUGUCUGUUCUAUGAGGAUACAGGAUUACUGAAGUGUCAGAAGAAUUCAGAUGCAUAUGACAAAACUGUGAACUGGUUAAAACAGCAGGGGGCAAAAAUACUCAUCAAGAAAUCCCCAUGUGAAUGUAGGUUAUACUAA